AUGAUUAGAUUUUUGAGGCGAAUACAAAACUUUUGCAAUUAAGCAGAAGUUUUUGAUGUUGCUGUGGUUGGUGGAGGUUCAGGAGGGUUAGCUUUUGCUCUUGUAUAUAUUUUUAAUUAUAUAUUAGGAAGGUGCAAAACUUGGAUUAAAGAUUGCAGUAUUUGAUUAUGUCACACCUUCGAGUCAUGGCUCCACUUGGGGUUUAGGAGGGACUUGUGUUAAUGUUGGAUGCAUACCAAAAAAAUUAAUGCAUCAAAGUGCUAUAAUUAAAGAGAAGAAUGUAAGUUCUAAUCCUUAUGGAUGGACCUCUAGUUUUUAAGAAUAAGUUGAUUGGAAUAUUUUAAUAGAAAAUAUCUAGAAUCACAUAAAAGGGCUGAAUUAUGGUUACAAGGGAAAUUUACAAAAAUAGGGAAUUCUUUAUUUGAAUGAUUAAGCAACUUUUAAGGAUAAUCACACAUUGAUAUAUGGAAAGCCAGAUGAUUUGAUUGCAUAAGAUAAAAAUAAAUUAAAGGAAUUAAAAUUUAGAUAUUGUGUUAUUAGUACUGGGGGACGUCCUACAAAAUUAAAAUCAUUAGAAAAGCAUGCUAUCACAUCAGAUGAUAUAUUUUCAUUAAGGAAACCACCUGGUAAGACUCUUGUUGUUGGAGGUGGAUAUAUUGCAUUAGAAUGCGCAGGAAUUUUAAAAGGAUUAGGUUUUGAUGUAACAUUAAUGACAAGAGGAAAGUACCUUAGAGAAUUUGACUAGGAUAUUGUUGAGAUGAUUUUAGAGCAUUACUAAAAAUAUUUAAAAGUGAAUAUUAUACCUUAAUCAUUGCCAUUUCAUUCAGAAUAAAAAAAUGAUAAAAUCUUGGUUAAGUGGCAAUCUACUGUUAGUGCCUAAGAAGGCAGUGGAAUCUUUGAUACUGUUCUUAUGGCUAUAGGCAGACANUAAAACCUAUUAUGA